AUGGCCGGAAUCGAAAAACAAAAAUUUCAAAUCCUUGAUGUUACCGGCAGUAACUUCUUAUCCUGGUGCUUAGAUAUCAAAUUACACCUCCAAGGGCUAGAUCUUGUAAAAGCCUUGGAUUGUGUAGAUAUCAAGGAGGCAAAUAGGAAAGAUGAGGCAAAUGCUAUGAUUUUUAUCCGCCAUCAUCUUUCUGAGGAUUUGAAAGACGAAUAUAUACAACUUGAAAGGCCAUCAGAGAUAUGGCAAAAACUCAAAGAAAGGUUUGAUCAUACAAAAACUGUGAUUCUCCCACAGGCCCAAUAUAAUUGGCAGCACCUAAGGCUGCAGGACUUCAAAUCUGUUGCCGACUAUAAUUCGGCAUUGUUUAAACUUGAGUCCCGAUUAGCCUUGUGCGGAGUUAAAAUAUCUGAAUAUGAUAAAUUGGAAAAAACUUUUUGCACUAUGCAUGCCUCGAACUUGGUGCUCCAACAACAAUAUAGGCAGCGCCAGUUUAAAACAUAUUCGGAGUUGAUCUCUGUACUCCUCACAGCAGAAAAAACAAAUGAAUUGCUGUUGAAAAAUCAUGAUUUACGACCAUGUGGGUCCCAAGCUGUGCCUGAAGCACAUGCUAAUCAAAAUAGAAAUAUGGGCCGAUUUAGAGGCCGUGGGCGUAAAUUUUGGCGUGGUGCACGCAGAGGUGGUGGACGUGGUCCCCCUCAAGAUGCCCGAAAUAAUGACCGAGGUGGAUAUGAAUAUCCCCGUCGAAAUAAUAAUAAUACGGUCUGGCAGAGACAACCAUUUCAGGCAAAACGCGAUAAAGGCAAGAUGCCCGCGGAGAGAAUUCCAGAAAAUGUGUGUAUUAGAUGUGGAAUGACUGGACACUGGGCCAAAGUUUGCAGAACCGCCCAACAUCUGGUAAACCUGUACCAGGACUCAAAAAAAGAUAAAGCAAAAAAUGUCCAGACAAAUGCCAUCGAGGCAGAAAUGCCACUUGCUGUUCUUGAAGCCAGCACAUCUGGGAGCAUGCUUGAUCAAGAUCCUGCUCAAGAUGGAGCCUCUCUUGAGUUAUCAGAUUUCUUUACAGAUCUUGAUCCUCUUGUGUAA